AUGGUUUCGAAAAUGAUCAUUGUUUUCUUAAAAGUAACUUCCGUCUUCUUCAAAAGGCCAUUUCUUGCUGAAAAACCAUUGGCAAUUAUGCCGAUUAUUGUUUGUCCAAGUCGACAAAUUUCAAUUGAACAACAACAUUUAAUUUAUACUCGUUUUCGACAACAUCUUAAUCAUCUGAUAACAAAUUAUCAUCUUUGUUAUGGUUGGAUUCAAUGUUCUUAUUUUAUAUCAUGUACAAAUGAAAUUCGUCUAAUAUCAAUUAAACCAACUUAUUCUAUUUAUUUAACUGAAGCAUUUAAUUCUACAAAUCAAUAUGGAAAUCCAUUAAUGGCUCUUGUUCAAUUAUCAAAUCGUCAACGACCUCAAACACCUAUUCUUAAUGGUAAAACUGUUUAUAUUCAUCGACUAUGGUUGAAUAUUCAAGAAAAAUAUUCUAUUAAUGAUCUAAUCAAUAUGAAAGAAAUUAAACGAAUUCAUCGAUCAAAUAUAUCUAUAAAUCGUUAUAUUCGUUUACGUUUUCAAGAAAAUGAUAUAAUUAAUAAUGAUAAUAAUAAUGAACAAAAUUUUAUUGAAGUUGGUUUUAUUCAAGUUAAUGGUGAAUAUUAUGAAAUAGGUUUAACAAAUUUAAUUGAAUUUCGUUGUAUAUUAUUAAAACAACCUCAAUUAUUUCCAUUUGUUCAUCAUUCAAUGUUAUCUAAUAAUCAAUAUCAAUUUGAUCCUAUAACAUGUUUACCAUCAAAUGAAUUACUUGAACAAUUAGAAAAACUUCAAAAACAAGAACAAAAAGAUUUGAUUUAA